AUGGGAGCAGUGGUGGUCGGUGGUGGUGGUUGCCGGAAGGGCCGGCUGGUGGCGUCGCAACCUUGUUGGCUGCUGCGGUGGGUACCUGGGCUGUGUCUUGGAGGGCCAGCGUGGCGCGCUAGAGCUGGUCUGGGCUGCAUUGCAGCUUGGGCUGGCUCGGUCUGGAGUGAAUGGGCUGGAGGCGUCGCUGGGCCUGGGUUGUUGUGCGCAGUGGGAGUGGAUUUGAACUUGCUACUCCAUGCGACUUGGGCUGCAUCCGCUUGGGCUGUGGGCUUGCUGUUUGGGCUUUGUCUAGUCAUCAUGUCUUCUAAAGAUGGUAACAGCUCAGUCCCAGUUCGAUCUCCAUCCCUUGACGUGCAUGUUAAGUUGAUGGAGCCUUUGACUGCUGAUGUGCCUUGUGUGGAUGCGAAUGAUCUAGAUGCUAGGAUCAUCACAUUCUGUCCUUUUUAUUUUUUCUUGGGCUUCAUGUUCUUGCUGUCAAAGCUUUUUAAGGAGGUGUUAUGUGCCAUGAAGUGUGCUCCGAUGAUUAACAUCUACAAGAGGUUGGAACUUGGGCUAGACAUGAAUAAGGUCGUCUGGACUCUGAACAUUCCCCCGAGGAGGAGUGUUUUGCCUAAUCCCCUUAAAAAAAGGAAGGCUGAUAUCAAGUCUUCAAGAAAUGAAGCUACUUCUUCGCAAGCGAAAGACAUGUCUUCUUUAAGGAAGAAGCCAAAGCUUGCUUCUGCUGAGAAGACACAAGUAAGAUCUGCUCCCUGUCAUAUGCUAAGGUUCGAGUCGUUUGCACCAGUCAAGGAAUGGAGAUCGAACUGGGAUGUCUGUUCAUCCGCCCAACCAUCACGAUCCAACUGUCAAGUCACGAGCAGUGAAUUGUUGAUUCCUUUGGAGGUGAGGAUGGAGGCUUUUAAGAAGGCAAGAGAGUUAUAUGCUUGGGUGAACGGUUCCUUUUCAACGCCAUCGGCUGAUCCCAAGGUGGACAAGUCCAGUCCUACAGGGGAUGCAUGCGUGUCUGAUCUAUUGAAGAUAAACUUCAUACCAAGCUCGUCUACUUGUGUGAAGCUAGUCGAUCAUAUCCAACAAGCUGACGAUUUAGAUACCUUUUCAACCAUUUGGAACUCAUCCGUUGUUGCCCCGUCUUCUGCUAAGCUCGGUGAGUUGGAGAAGAAGAAUGCUGAUUUAAGUAGCAAGCUCUCGGUCGAGCAGAUCUCCUAUGAAAAGAAGACGUCUAAAUUGAGGGCGAUGAUAUCUGAGUUGAAGAGUUCCCUUGUAAAGAAGGAUUCUGAACUUAGCCCUUCUGCUGCUGACUUGGUUAGUCAAAAAGAUGCCUACUUCCGUCUUGAGCGCAAGAAUGCAGACAUCUUUCCUAGUUAUGACAAGCUUCUGGCUAGAUUUGGCGUCUAUCACAAGUCUGCUAAAAAAUCCAAGCUUGAAACUAUCACAAAUGCGUACAAGCUGGGCUAA